AUGAACGCGAGCACCAACGAAUCGCUUUCAGAAUCAAUUUUUUACUCCGGUGUGGCUAACGCCGAUGAUAGAAUGUUCAACAAUUGGUUUCUCAUUGGGAUUACGGUGGUUUUUGUGGCAAUCCUGGUCUUCGGCGUCGUGGGCAACACCUUGGUUUGCAUGAUCAUUGCGAAAAGACCUGAAAUGCGAACCGCAACCAACUACUACUUGUUCAGCCUCGCAGUCUCUGAUAAUUUAAUUCUGAUAACAGGCGUGCCUGUCGAGUCAAUUCAGAUUUGGCAAGAUAACGAGUGGAAUUUUGGAGAAGCAGCUUGCAAAUUGCAAUUUGUCAUGCUUUACACGGCUGGGAGAGUUUCAGUCCUUGCCAUUAUCGUCGUAUCCAUUGAACGCUACAUCGCCGUUUGCCACCCUCUUCGCGCUCACACUUUUUCAGGUAAAACAAGAGCAAUGUGGAUAAUUGCUUUGAUCUGGAUUAUCUCUGCUGUGGUGACGAUUCCUGGAGGUUUUGCUACUACACUUUAUACCUUUGAAGAUUACGCCCCUGACGGAACUUUGAUUGGCUACUACGAAACGUGCAUAGAAGAUCAAAAAAAGCUGCCUUUUCUUCCGAACGACUUUCCUGCUAACGAGAUGUACGUCUUCCUUUUCUUUUUGAUGCCCAUGGCGGUCCUCACUGUUCUCUACGCACGCAUCGCGUGGGUCAUCCGGCGGCGCAAAAAUAUUGGAGAAUCGCACGACGCAAAUGCUUCAAAUGCAACUAUCACUAAAACAAUCGGUAUUUUAGUGCUCUGCUUUUUCAUCUUCUGUGCACCUAUGAACUUGAUUUCAAUACUUGGCAAAUAUUUGCAACUGGAUGGGAGUUCUAUGAACGCGGUUGUGCUGAUUUCGAUGCUUCUCUUUUACUUAAAUUGCGUCAUUAAUCCUAUCAUCUACAACGCAACUUCUGUGAAUUAUCGCACAGCAUUCAGAGCCACCAUUAACUUUUGGCAGAGUGGAAGAGAAUGA